AUGAAGUUCACUGGAAUCGUCGCUUCCCUGGCUGUUGCCAGCUCUGCCUCUGCUCUGGCCAUCCCUCAGACCCCUGUUGAUGCCACCCUGAGCAAGCUGAACAAUGCUCUCAACAAUGUUGAGGGUCUCGUCGGUGGUCUCCUCGGCGGCGUUUGCGAGGAGGUCGACCUCACCCAGGUUCAGACCGAGCUCAUCACCAUCAAGGGCCAGCUGACCAAGCUCGUCCCUGUCUCUGCUGCUACCAAGCGUGAUGUCAUGGGCACGGCUAACAAUGUUGCUACGCCCGUCACCGGUGCCGCCGGUAGCGAAGUCGGCAAUGUUGAGGGUGCUGUUCAGCCCGUCACCAAUGUCGCUGGCGGCGCAGUCAACACCGUUGAGGGUGUUGCUAAGCCUGUCACCGAUGUUGCCGGUGGCGCUGUUGGCACCGUCAAGAACACUGUUGGCGGCGCUGUUGGCACCGUUGAGAACAUUGCCUCUGGUCCAGUCGACACUGUUACCGGCACUGCCGGCGUCAACACCCUGGCGGAAAACCUGGUCAGCAAGGUUAAGAGCGGUGCCCUCGACGCUGCUGGUGUCAAGAACGUCCUCACCACUGUCGGCCAGGCUGGUGGCCUCAACCCUACUUCUCUCACCUACGUCCUCGCGGGGCUCCUUUAA